AUGAAUGCAGAGCUAGAAUGCUGGUCGCAUGCGCGUGCCUCUCUGAAAUCGCUGACUGACAUAUAUGAUAAUCCCUCAAAUGUGGAUACGAUAGGCCGAGUGAACAGACUCGUGUCUGCUUGGCCGAUCGACGAUUCCUUACCUGCCGAAGGUAUAGAAAACGUGAAGAUGGUACACAAGAAACUCAUCACUGCAUUGCAAGACAUCCGCACAAUGUCUCGCACUGAGCUGGAGGCUAUCGAUGACGCUAUCGAGCGUCUGGGCGUAUUGAUUGCUCUUCGCAAGGCCUCGGAAUCCAAUCCUCAAGGUAAGAGAAAACGGGCUAAGCGUCCGCGAGGGCAUUCACCUCCAGCACUACCUGGGCCAGGUACACCCUCUGCGAGUCGAGGCGUCUCGAUUACGCUACCAGCACGCAGCUCGGCUGGCCCAGCUCCGCCUAUACCAUUUUCUCGAGAUCCUAAAGCCAGAAGGGAAGCGUUGGCAAAGCAGUUGCCUCUACAGGAAGGUCGGAAAGUGGCAUUCCACCCUCCACCUCAUUCCGGGAAACCAGGAGAAACUGGUGGUGGCGAAACAGACGAGAAUACGUGGAUCUUGGCGGUUGUGACCAAAUGCAUAAAUCAAGACAAAAAUAGAUACGAAGUCCGAGACGCCGAGAAUCAAGAAGACGGUUCACCUGGACAGAGCUACAACACCACGUUGAGAGCCAUAAUACCCUUGCCUGACCCCAAUGCACCUCCUGAUAGCGCCGCCCAUCUGGACGCAUACCAAGAUUUCCCAGCAGGAUCGACUGUUAUGGCCCUAUACCCUGAUACGAGCUGUUUCUACAAAGCCGAGAUGGGCCACAAACAUCCUCCAAUGUAUAAACUGAAAUUCGAAGAUGACGACGACCAGGAACAUGUUGUGAGCGCUCAACUAGUGGUGGAAUGGCCAGGUCCCGGCUAG